AUGACGAGAAGAGUUAAAGAUAAAUAUUUGUGUGGAGAGAAAAAUUUAAAAGAGAUACAUCUGAAGUUAUUUGACGAGGAAGAGAAGAUAGGAUAUCAUAUGGUUGCUAAUAGUGAUAUAGUAGAUCUUGACAACUCGCCUGAGUUAGUGAAAUGCAGUGGAUGCGAAAAGAAUGUAAGUAAGCAGAAUAAUAAAGAAGAUGAGAAUGGUUUUUGUUUAAUUUAUAUAAAUAAUCAAAAAAGUAGAAUUAUUAAAAAAAGAGUAGAAAAACAAUUUUUAAAACCUUAUGAGUCCUUAAGGAAUAUUAUCAAGAAAAAUGAAAUAAUAAGAGAAUACGUGGAAUAUGAUAUAAAUGAUGAAUUUUAUAAUUGGAGAAUUGAUUUAAUCGAUAAAUUAAUAGAGACUGAUGAAAAUUUUAUUAAAUUUUUAAAAAAUAGUUUAAUAGAAGAAGAAAAAAGGAAUGGUAAAAGAAGUUAUGAAUAUAUAUUAGAUAUUUUAAUUAGGAAAAAUUAUAAUAGCGAUAAGGAAGAACUGAAAUUUAGUGUAAGAUAUGACGAUAAUCUUGAAAAUGAGUUUAAAGCUAUUAUAAGAGGUAUUAUUUUGGGAAUAUUAAUAAUUGAUAGAGGAAGUGACGUUGGAUUAGGAGUUAAUAGUUAUGUGCUUAGAUUAUUAGAAAAAUUUAAAAAUAGUAGUAAUAGAAGGAAAUUAGACGAAGAUUUAGAUAAAAUAAGGUUAAAGUUAAGAGAGGAAUUAGUAAAUAAUAAAGCGAUGAUGGAUUCUAAGUCGUAUAAGAUGAAAUUUAUAGAUGAGGUAAUGUCAUUUGAUGAAUUUAAUCUUUAUUGGAAGAAAAUUUUAAUUUCAGGAGGGCUUAGAGCGUGGCGUAAAAAGUGUUCUGAAUUAAUUUGGAAAAAUGAAAUGCUUAACAGUAGUAAGGUGGAAGAUCUCUUUUAUUAUAAUUAUAAGGAUGAAUUCGAUUGGAAUAAAACAUUACAGUUUAUUAGUAAUAGAAAUAUUUAUACAUCAUGGGAAAUUGAGAAAGAUGAUGUAUGGGAGCGUUCAUAUAAAAUUAAAAAUUUUUUAAAGGAUUUACCAACGUAUGAGGUGUUAUAUAAAAGAGAUGUAAACAAGAUAGAAACAGAUCAAUGUAUUAGGUGCAAGAAUGGUGUGGAAGAUUGGGACCAUUUAUGGAUCUGUGAGAAUAAUGAAUUAACGAUAAAAGAAGUUUUAAAACUUUCGAUUAGUAAAUUUGAAGAAAGUUUAUUGAAGGAAGAAAAGCAUGAAAAAAUCAAAUUUUUACAGAACAUAAAUUUUAGUUUUUUAAAAAUUUUAUACGAAAAAUCAGAAGUUUUACUUGGAAAAGAGAAAUAUUGGGAAUUGAUUAGAGGAAAAGAGUUUUGGAACAAAAUGUGUAAUGAAGUUAAUGAGAUAGAACUAAGUUUAGGUAUUAAAAAAUUGGAUAAAAGAGUUAGAAAAUUUAUAGAUAGGGAUAUGAAGUGCGGAGAUAAAAGUAUAGAAAAUCAAAGAAAAAAAUUAAAAAUUAGUGAAAAAUACAAAAAUAGAGAACAAAAUAUUAAAUUAGUAACGAAAAAUAAAAUAAUUACUAUAAAAUUAGUUUAG